GGGUCGGGCCCAUCUGAAGAUAUUUUUGCUGAGGGGCCCAGCGCACUCUAGUUACACCACUGGCAAUUACUGUGAGGUUAGUGGUGACCACUUCUUGUCUGAAUGACUGAUAAACCAAAUUUUCCCUAUAUGUGUUAUUCGCUGAGGGGCUCUGACCAAAGGCUGGACCUGAAAGAAGACUUGACUUAAAACUGUCAGACAACUACUCAUGUAUUGGCACCACCUGAAUAACAAGUACCUACCUGAAUAGCCUCCACAUGUUCUCCAUUCCCAUAUACAUUACAGUCAUAAAUGUACAUUCUAUGCCUCUGUCUGUAUAUAACAACUGCGGGGCAGAUUUACUAAAGGGUGAAGUUGACUUUUUUUAUGGAAAAUUUGCCAAAAUUACAGUUCACAGGGACAUCACCAAUUUACUAAACGGUGAGGUGGACAAUUCACUAGCGAAAAAGCUCAGCACUAGAAAAGUUUCUAUCACUCUGUACCCUCACUCUCUAUGAGAUACACAGCUAUCUCUCCCUCUCUCUCUCUCUCUAUAUAUAUAAGAUACACAGCUAUCUCACUCUCUUAUAUGAUACACAGCUAUCUCUCACGCUGUCCCUCUCUCUAUAAAAUACACAGCUAUUACCCAAUGGCUGCAGACAAAUGGAGUUGAGGUGAGAGAUGACCCACAACCCCUCCUGAGCUUUGGCUAAUCAGCUUAAUGAGGGGAGGGGGCUAACAACAGGAGGCAGAAAGAAUCAGCAGAAUGUCAGAGUGAGAGGUAGAGGGGGAGAGUACCAAGGAGAGAAGCUGAUCAUCUUUAUAAGAGAGAAAUGAAAGUUUGCCCAAUAACACACUUCAUGAGCCAAUGAAACAUCUACAUGUCUAACUGGGCAAGGGAGCAAAGAGAACAGACUUAAUUAAGAGAGGAAAGUUGGAGUGAACUUAUCUCUGUACCACUGUAAGGAACUGGGGAAAACAGUGGAGGAAUGAAGAAAAAUGGAAAAAAGGUAGAAAUUGAGGAAAGAGAUGAAGAUUUUAAAGGAUAAGAAACAAGAAAAUAAAGUGUGUGUAAAAAGAAAAGGAAGAAUGCCAGCAUAAAAGAACAAGAGAAUGGUAAGAAAAGAGAUUAGAGAGGGAACAGGAGUAAGUCUGAGAGAGGAAAAAAAGCAGAUUAAAGAUCAGGAUUAGGUGUCUUGUCUGAGCGCUCUAUCCCCUCUGUCAUGGGCAGAGCCUUAAGGAUCUCUCCAGGAAUCGGCCAUAUUACAACGGGACCUUUAGGAGGGAGCACCACUUCAAAAACAAGUCCAGCCCUGAUGGAACUGGAGGCUUGCUGACUUCAUUGGUUUCUAACCAUCCAAGCCAUGAUCUCCAUCCACUAUUAAGCUCUGGAGUUUUAUCGAUGUCAUGCAUCAUUCGAACUCCCUACUUUUUCUCUCUAACCACCCCAGGUGGACUUCAUCAUGUUCCUACUUGCUCUAUUGCAUUUUUGUCCUUCUUUUACCAAAGAUAGCUUGGACGGCCACCUUGCGUAUUGGACUUGUAGGUCCCUGGACAUGUGAUCCCUUCUUGGCCAAAGCUCUUCCUAAAGUGGCAGCUCAGCUGGCUAUUUCUGACCUCAACAAAGAUCCUUCCCUAUCCUCUGGACUUUGGUUUGAUUACUUAUUAUUGACUCAAGAAUGUUCUUCACCCCUUGCACUAGCUGCCUUCAGUCAUAUGGAAAAUUCCGUAACUGCCUUUGUUGGCCCAGCCAACCCUGGAUAUUGCUCAUCUGCAAGCCUGCUUUCAAAAGGCUGGAAUAAACCAAUGGUUUCCUGGUCCUGCACUGGGGUCCUGAGCCCACUACCUUAUCCUGUAGAUGUUCUGUAUGCUGUGUUCAAGUUCUUCCGCUGGGCUGGCGUAGCAAUAGUCACUGGCCCUCAGGAUCUAUGGAUUGGCGCUGGCAUGGAGCUUGCUGAUGGACUCCGAGGCUGGGGUAUUCCAGUGGGACCUGUAAUCAUCAUGGAAGAGGGGGCAGAAGGGGCAAAGGAAGCACUGAAAAUAAUAAAACGGAGACAAAGAGUGAAAGUUGCGGUUAUGUGCAUGCAUUCGGUUUUAAUUGGUGGUGAAGACCAGCGCCGCCUACUGGAGGAGGCCCAUGACAUGAGGAUGACAGAUGGCUCGGUGAUCUUUAUCCCUUAUGAUACUCUGCAGUUUAGUCUUCCAUACGAUCAUUUGUUCCCUGUGUUCACUAACAACACCAAGCUCCGGCGAGCAUAUGAUGCCGUCCUUACCAUCACUGCCUCCUCUGAACAUGGAAACUUUUACGAAACCUUUGAGAAUUCAAAAGCCAGAAACGAGGUUCCACAAGAUAUUGACCCUGAAGAGGUGUCCCCUCUAUUUGCCACAAUAUACAAUUCAAUCUACUUGCUUGGUGCCGCAGCCGACAGCUCAUACCGAGCUACACAACGAGUGACAUCCUCUUCCACCACACGUCAUGCUAAAAACAUCCAGUUGGGAGGCUUUGGGUACCCAGUUAACCUGGAUGAGGAUGGAGACUCACAGACCAACUUUGUCAUCCUGGACACAGAUGGGGAUAGUAAAAGACUUUUCCCUGUGUAUACUUUACAGUCAGCCACGGGGGAUCUCACCUUUCUUCAGGAUAUUCAUUUCCCCUAUUCAUAUCGAAUUGGAACUGACUCUGACUGCUGGUUUGACCGGAGUACAAUCUGUACUGGAGGGGUGGAUCCCGCCUAUGUAUUCCUGAUCUUCAUCCUUCUCUUCAGCUGUAUACUCAUUGGAGGAUUUUUUACAUGGUAUAUCAGGCGUCGCAUUUACUAUGCAAAACUUGGAAGGGGGCCCAAUAAAAUUUUUCUUAAGAUGGACGACCUGUCUUUUAUUCAUUCACAUAGCAGAAAGAAAGUGGUGGAAGACAGCAGAUCGAGCCUGUUGGGGAGGAGCGUCAGUGACAUGCGGACACCUCGGCAUUCGGUAUCAGGGAAGAGCAUUGCAGCUGCUUCGCCGUACAACACAAACAUUGGGGUGUUUGAGGGGGACUGGGUUUGGCUGAAAAAAUUCCCUGGUGAGAAACAUGGAGACCUCCGACCAGCUACAAAAAAUGUCUUCUGCAAGUUCCGUGAGCUCCGACAUGAGAAUGUAAACCUGUACCUUGGUCUCUUCGAUGACAUAGGAGUAAUAGGUGUGGUGUCAGAACACUGCUCUCGGGGCAGCUUGGAGGACCUCAUCCAGAACCAGGACAUGAAGUUGGACUGGAUGUUCAAAUCCUCCCUUCUGCUUGAUCUCAUCAAGGGCCUCAAAUUCCUCCAUCAUCGUGAAAUUUCUCAUGGCCGCCUUAAGUCACGCAACUGUGUUGUAGAUGGAAGAUUUGUCCUUAAAGUAACUGAUUUUGGCAUGAACGAGCUCUAUGAUGCUCAGAGACUGCCCUCAACUCAACUCCAGCCUGAGGACCUGUUCUGGACGGCCCCUGAACUCCUCCGAGAUGCUACACUCUGCCAAAGAGGCACCUACAGAGGAGAUAUCUACAGUUUUGCCAUAAUAAUGCAAGAAGUUAUUGUACGAGGGUCUCCAUACUGUAUGCUGGAAGCCACAGCUGAUGAAAUAAUACGGAAAGUUUUGCGUCCUCCACCUUUAUGUCGCCCAUCAGUCUCUCUGGACCAGGCCCCCCCUGAAUGUAUCCAACUAAUGAAGCUCUGUUGGAGUGAGCAGCCUGAGAGAAGACCCACAAUAGAUCAAAUAUUUGACCAGUUUAAAAAUAUAAACCGUGGACGCAAGACAAAUAUUAUUGAUUCAAUGCUAAGGAUGCUGGAGCAGUAUUCCAGUAACCUCGAAGACCUGAUUCGAGAGAGGACAGAGGAGCUGGAGGUGGAAAAGCAAAAAACUGAUAAACUCCUUACACAGAUGCUCCCACCAUCAGUAGCAGAAGCUCUGAAGACAGGUACUCCAGUGGAGCCAGAAUAUUUUGAUGAAGUCACUAUAUAUUUCAGUGAUAUUGUUGGGUUCACCACCAUCUCCUCUCUUAGUGACCCCAUUGAAGUUGUUGACCUCCUCAAUGACCUGUAUACACUUUUUGAUGCCAUUAUUGGAUCCCAUGAUGUCUACAAGGUGGAGACUAUUGGUGAUGCCUACAUGGUGGCCUCUGGUCUUCCAAAAACAAAUGGUAAUCGUCAUGCAGCAGAGAUUGCCAACAUGUCCUUGGACAUUCUCAGUACAGUGGGGUCCUUCAAGAUGAGGCAUAUGCCUGAUGUUCCAGUCCGGAUUCGGAUUGGACUCCAUUCUGGCCCAUGUGUUGCUGGUGUGGUUGGGCUCACAAUGCCUCGAUACUGCCUCUUUGGUGACACUGUAAACACAGCUUCCCGUAUGGAGUCCACAGGACUUCCAUACCGAGUUCAUGUAAAUCUUACUACAGUGACUAUUUUACAGUCUUUGAAAGAGGGCUACCGGUUUGAAGUCAGGGGCAAGACUGAGCUCAAGGGUAAAGGUAUAGAAGACACUUACUGGCUUGUAGGAAAGGAAGGAUUUACUAAACCUCUCCCAACACCGCCCGAUCUUCUUCCUGGUGCCAGUAACCACGGCAUCAGCUUGGAUGAGAUUCCAAAAGAAAGGCGAAAGAGACUUGACAAGGGUGACCAGAAGAAAAAAAAAUGAGGUGAUUGUGCCUCUUUCAACUUCUAAAGAUCUAGGGAGAUCCUGGAGAAGGAAGCAGACAUAGCACUGGACUUAAUGCAGUCUGGGCCAAUGGAAAGAGGAAAUGUAGGAAGUUCAUCUUUGGUCAUUGAAUGUCUUUUUAGGUAGUCUCAGCGAGAACAUUGCCACUUUUCCCCCCAAUUUUUUUUUUAUAUAUGAUGUCCUGGUACCAUGAGUCAUAUGAGUACCACAGGAGACAGUGCUCCCCAUGAGAGUCAGAGGCCAUACUGGGAACCUCUGCUUACCAUCAAUGGCCAGAUCUUUGACCUAGAACUUCCAAUUGUUCGUGAAAGGUCUUCCAAGACAUCCCUCUUGAAGUCAUGCUGAGGGAAGAGAAGACAACUGUAUAAUGGGAUCUCCUCUCUCGUACCCUCCUUUUUAGCUUAUGCAUUUGCUGGAGUGUUGUCUCACAAGUGGACAGAUGUCUUACUAAAGAAUGUCCCACUCUCAUGGAUUCUGAGUCACUGAAUGAAAGUAUGUAUCAGAGAAAAAAUAAUGGUGGCAUGUUUGGCAAAUGGGAUCUUUGAAAGACGAUCUUCACAAAAUGUAGUGAUGGUUGGGAAAAUUUAAUUAUGUUGGUCCUUUUUUGGAGAUCAUUGGAGGUCAUUUAUCAAGAAGGAUUUAUGGGAAAAAUCUUAUUUUGGCCAUUAAUCACUGUAUUCUGAGCAUUUUUUAUCCUCAAAGUUGGCAUCAUGUAGCCAAACACUACACUUGGGGGCACAUUUACAUAGGUUCGAAUAUCAAGGGUUAAUUAACUAAUUUACCACAAUUAGUUCAAUUUCAAACGAUUUUUCUACGACCAAAAAAACCUUAGAAAGCCUAUGGGGACCUUCCCCAUAGGCUAACAUUGAGGUUCGGUAGGUUUUAGGUGGCGAAGUAGGG